CGGCAUUUCAGUAUUAACCCGCAACAGGGGAACAUCGCUCGUAUUUAUUUAUUUAUUGUAGUUUUUUUUAAGUUAAUCGCAACCAAGAAUGCUCGGCCUGUGCCUUUACGUGCCCGUGUCCAACGCCGACCAGGUGGAAGUGGAGUAUUUCGAGUCCAACGGGCUGCCUUCGGAGCUCAAGUCGCUUUUCAACAAACUGAGCGUGUUUCUUCCCUCCCAGGAGUUUUCAACUUACCAAAAAUGGAGACAGAAAUCGGUCCAAGCGGAGGAGAGCGGCGCGGAUGGUCAGCUGGACUUCGAGGAGUUCGUUCACUACCUCCAAGACUACGAGAAGGAUCUGAAGCUGGUGGUGAAGAGCUUUGACAAGAAGAAUGCAGGUUACGUCGACCCCAAAGAGUUCGUACAGUCCCUCCGCGACCUUGGAGUCCACAUUUCUCUACAACAAGCUGAAAAAGCGCUCGCAAGCAUGGACAAGAACGGCCUGAUCACGAUUAGCAGCAAAGACUGGAGCAACUGUGCGGUGGCAGUGGAGAAAACGGAGAAUAUCCCCGAGAUCAUCCUCUACUGGAAGCAUUCUACGAUCUUUGACGUUGGCGAUAACCUGCUGGUCCCCGACGAGUUCACGCUGGAGGAGAAACAGACGGGGAUGUGGUGGAGACACCUGGUGGCCGGAGGAGGAGCCGGAGCCGUGUCCAGGACGUGCACGGCGCCUUUGGAUCGUCUCAAACUCAUGAUGCAGGUGUACGGCUCCAGGUCCAAUAACAUGUGCAUAAUGAGCGGCCUGACCCAGAUGAUCCGGGAGGGGGGCACCCGCUCGCUGUGGAGGGGCAACGGCGUCAACGUGCUCAAGAUCGCCCCCGAAUCGGCGCUCAAGUUCAUGGCCUACGAACAGAUUAAACGGUUGAUUGGCAGCGAUAAGGAGACUCUGAGCAUCUUUGAGCGUUUCGUGGCCGGUUCUAUGGCAGGAGUGAUCGCACAGAGCACAAUCUACCCAAUGGAGGUGCUGAAGACUCGUCUGGCUCUGCGUAAAACGGGGCAGUACUCUGGGAUCUCAGACUGCGCCAAACAGAUCUUCAAAUCAGAAGGGCUCUCUGCGUUCUACAAAGGCUACGUCCCGAACAUGUUGGGAAUCAUCCCCUACGCCGGCAUCGACCUCGCCAUCUACGAGACUCUGAAGAACCACUACCUGCAGCAGUACAGCUCCAACUCGUCAGACCCGGGCGUGGUGGUGCUUCUGGCCUGUGGGACCGUCUCCUCGACCUGUGGGCAGCUCGCCUCGUACCCCCUCGCUCUGAUCCGGACUCGCAUGCAAGCACAAGCGGCGUGCGAGGGCGACAACCGCGUCUCCAUGUCGGGCUUGUUCCGGCAGAUCCUCCAGAGCGAAGGACCGUCGGGUUUGUACCGAGGACUCGCCCCCAACUUCCUCAAAGUGAUCCCCGCCGUCAGCAUCAGCUACGUGGUCUACGAGCACAUCAAGACGCAGCUCGGGGUCACGUCACGCUGAGGAAAUCCCACCGAAGGAAAAACAUAAACUGAAACACAAACUGAAACACAACACAUAUCCCAGAAUCCAGAGGGACACUUCUGAGGUUCGAACGGAGCUCAAAUCAUUCUGUGAAUGUUGGAGACGGACGACGACGGCGAUGAUCAUGAGGAGGAGGAUUAGGAGAAGGUAGAUGCUGCUGUUUUGGUUUUCCCACUGUUACAGAUCAUUGAAAGUGUCUGUUUACUUGCCGCCCGAGCUUCAAUUCCAAGAGAAAAACUGCUAAGAAUGUACUUUUUUUUUUUUGGAGGCAAGUAAACGAAAAUGGAUGAAGUAGCAGUGUGGAAUAACAGUGUGUCAGAUUUCCCCGAUUUGACCAAUUUCAAUUUUACAAACAAAAAUACUUGUGUUAGUUACUAAAUGUGUUUAGUUCCAUGAAAUUUUACACAAUUUGAGCAAAAAUGACCUAAAAAUGGAUGGUAGCAGUGUGGAAUUAAAAGGGAAAUUGUUCAAUUUAUUUCUGAAAUUUAACACAAUUUGAGCACAAACGACCUUCAAAAUGUGGUUAGUUCUGUGAAAUUUGAGCAAAAAUGACCAAAAAACACACACAAAACAAAAAUAGCUGGUAGCAGUGUGGAAUUAAAAGGGAAAUUAUUCAUUAGUUCUCUGAAAUUUGACCAAAAAUUAGUUUUAAAAAACCCUAUAAAAUGUCUUAACGUCCAGAAUUCUAAUUUACAACUUUACACAUCUAUUAAUCUGUUCAGAACUCGACCCUUAAAUGUGAAAAAGUAACGAAACACUUCAUUAUAAUGGAAAUUCAAAUCCAUUUUCUGCAUUAACUCUGUACUUACCGUAUAAAAUCUACCAAAAGCGGCAUCUACCUUUUUGUUUUAACUUAGAAUUACAGUUAAAAAGAAGGAAAUAUUACGUACUAUGGACUCUGUGAGCUCAGGUUUCGGCGGAAAACGUACAGAUUUCCGCAGCUGCUAUUUAUACGUAGAUAUAUUUUACUAGAUACCGAGAAGCUUUCGGCGCGAGCGAACGUCGGAAACGGAAACCCGAGGGACCAAAAAACGCUCUUCUGGCUAAUAAAAAUUAAGGUGCCUGUUGGAGUUUGAACGUGGAGAAUCGUCAUGUCAGUUUAGCGAAAUUCAUAACGAACGCCCUUUUUUUUUUUUUUUUUUUUUUUCGAAAGCAACUUAACGUAUGGCAGAGAAUGUGAUCUUAAGAAUCCGAAUAUCCUUUUUCCCGUGUUGUGGAGAAGCGUGAAAUCCCAAAAUAGAGAAGUCCUUUUGCACAAUUGUGAGUCUGAAAACUUCUCUCCCUCUUUACCUUUACGAAUGAAUGUACGAGCGGGGAAGUUCUUUGCCGUCCGUGUGUAUUUAUUUGGUUUGAGUGCGUAGAGAGGAAGCGGCACGUCGUCUGGAAAGGGUAGGAUCGGUGUACGAGGUUUGACUAGGCCUUAAUUAUAACGCUCAGCUGCUGUCAUAACGCUAAUAUUUUUGGGGUUUUUGAAGGUUUGAAAUUAAGGGUGUCGUGAUUUAACGAAGACAAGCGAGGUUUCGGGUUAAGAAUCGGUCGUUAAAACAUUUCGACUUGUACGUUUCUUGAGUAAAUUUAUGCAAUUUUGACAGAAACGAUCUUUAAAAACUUGUGAAAUCUCAAAUUGGUUCAACGGCGUUUUCGUUACUAAAGGUUUUUCAAAUUAAAAUUGCUAUUAUAAUAAACACCUUUAAAAAUUCAGCUUUUUUUUUUUUAAUGGUGCAUUGGAGCGUCCGUCGCUUCUUUGUUGUCGCCAUGGAAACGUUAUUGUUUUGUCUGGAAUGUUCCACAGUAGAGAUUAAACCUGUAUUUCAAGUUAGACAUCUAUAGGCGACGUUACGGGUCUGAUCCGUGGAGAGGUGAGCCUAUUCACAAACAGAAUUAUUGUAUUUUUGAGCGAUAGAAAUGCUUGAAAAAUGUGUUUAAAAGUCAUACCAUGGAACAUUCUAGACGAACGAAUAACGAACGAAAAACGAAUGAAUAACGAACAUCUCCAUGGAGUUACGCAAUGCACCUUUUUGUUUUUUAAGUCAAAUUUGUCUAUAGUUUUGAGCGAUCCUUAACAAAAAAAAUUCUGAAACCUGCCUGUCUUCAUUCUUUUUUUUUUUUUUUUUAAUUUGUUCUAAUGAAACUGAUGUGAUCUUGUUUGUAUCCAGCCCUGUCAUUUAAAAGUAUAGAUGUCUUAACUCAAUAAUGUUCACUGUGGUUUAAGAGCUGUUAUUUCAAAACCUCAUAUAACAAACUUUAUUUAUUUUUUUUGUAUUUAUGUUUUCACUGUAACAUUUAUACUUUGUGGAAUGAGGGGCUGCACGUGUUCGACUGAAUGCACUUUAAUCCGAGCGCUGGAGGAGCGGUGUGAAUGUGUGAAAUAUAAACAUUUAAAUUUGUUCAACUAUUUUAACAGUUUUUAAUGGACCAUUUUGAUGCGAAUAAAUGCAAUUUUUCCUGUUAA